UGCUGCUCUGAGUUUGUCAGUUUCCCAAAUAUAGCGGACGAGGCUCUGUAUGUGUGUGUGUGUGCGCGUGUGUGUGUGUCUAACGAAGACACUGAUUUAAAAAAAAGAAGAAGAAGAAGAAGAAAUUAUCCAUAUUUACAGAAGCACGCGGAGGGCAGAGGGCAAGCCAUGCCAAGCUGAUACUGGAGUAACAGAGCUGACUGUGCCACUGUAUGUUAAGGAUUGUCUGCUGAGCCCUUCACUACCUGGAGCCUACUGAUAUUCUUCUUUGACUUGUUUUGGAAGUUGUUUUGGCAAUGGGGAGGAAGAAGAUCCAGAUCACCCGGAUCGUGGAUGAGAGAAACCGACAGGUGACGUUCAUGAAGAGGAAGUUUGGUCUGAUGAAGAAGGCCUAUGAGCUGAGCGUUCUGUGUGACUGUGAAAUCGCCCUCAUCAUCUUCAACAGCUCCAACAAGCUGUUUCAGUACGCCAGCACCGACAUGGACAAAGUCCUACUGAAAUACACCGAGUACAAUGAACCCCACGAGAGCAGGACCAACUCUGACAUUGUAGAGGCCCUGAACAAGAAGGAGCACAGAGGCUGCGACAGCCCUGACACUGAGGCCUCCUACGUCCUCACCCCAAAUACUGAGGAGAAAUAUAAGAAGAUUAACGAGGAGUUUGACAACAUGAUGAAGAGUCACAAAAUUUCCACAGGCCUUCCACAGCAGAACUUCAUGCAUGUGGGACCAGGUGGCAUGUCGUACAGCCCAGGUGCAGGAGGAGGUGGAGGAGGAGGAGGUGUGACUUCCCAGGCUCUAGCUGCAGCCACAGCAGCUCUGGCUGACAGCGGGAUCCUCUCCUCACAUCACACACACCUCCACAGAAACUCUCCACAAAGACCUCCCAGCACGGGAAACACAGGUGGCCUGCAAGGUACUUCUGAUCUGGCUCUGCAGAAUGGAUCUGGAUCAGUUGUGAACGGUUUUGUGGGCUCACCUGGUGGAAACAGUUUGGGAAAGAUCAUCCCACCCAAAUCUCCUCCCCCUCAUCUUCCACCUCCUGGGAACAGCCUGGUCCCGACCAGCCGCAAGACCGACCUCCGAGUGGUCAUCCCCCAGUCUAAAGGAAUGAUGCAAACACUGAGCAACCAGAGACUGAGCAGCAGUCAGUCCAACCAGCCUCUGUCCACCCCUGUGGUCUCCAUCACCACACCCAGUCUUCCUCACCAAAGUCUGGUCUAUUCCGGCAUCAGCUCUGCCUACAACAACGAUUAUUCCCUGAACAGUGCAGAGCUGUCAGGCUUCAGCUCCCCUGCAGGCCUGACAUUGGGCUCUAUGACAGCAUGGCAGCAACAUCAGCUGGGGUCACUGGGGGCGGGGAGCUCCAACCUCUCCAUCAACACCAACCACAACAUCAACAUCAAAGCCGAGCCGAUCUCCCCACCCCGUGACCACCUCAGCCAGUCCGGGUACAUGACCCAGGCUCACGCCCCUCCUCAUCCUCACUCCACCAAUCCCUCAUCCAGCCGGGCAGAGAUGGGGAGGUCUCCCGCAGACAGUGUCAGCUCCUCCUGCAGCUCCCACGAGGGCGGCAGUGACCGGGAGGAGCAGCAGCAGCGGGCAGACUUCCACUCCCUCCCUAUGAGUCGGUCAGAGGGCAGGGAGAGUCCGACGGUCAAACGAAUGCGAAUGGACAGCUGGGUGACAUAGACCUCACGGUCACAUGAUGACACAACACCAGGGCAAAUGCAGGAAGGACACUGUUAUGCAAAUGAAAUGUAGAUUUUAUUGAUGUGUUCUGUUAUUUUUCAUUAAGUUAUCUCUGGUUUUUUGGGGCAGGGUCAGAUUUUUGUAAAGGGUUAAGAAACAUUGAUCUGGAAAUCUGUCAGAAACAGCUCAUCAACAUUGAGAAAUCUUCAGUGGUACUUACACAAGCAUAAACAUAAGACUCCUCCGUCCUUUUAAAAUAUUUAUCAUUUUAAGCUUCACAAACUGAAAAUGUGGGUCCAACUGCAGUACAAUCUGUCAAUUUAUCCAGUGGGAUGCAGUUCUGUAGACAGAGGAAUGAACAGAGGUGUGUUCAGCAUUGUCUUUUUUCAUGAUUUGGGUGGAAAAGCAGGGAAGUGCUUAUGGGUGUCUCCCACUAGGCGUCACCCAGUUCAUUUCUGAUCUUCUCAGGGUUUGAAACAUUGAGUCCAGCAUGAAAGCAAUACUCCCUCCACAUCAUCAGCCCAGUAACUCCUCUUUACAAAAACACUUAUUUAUAUCAGCCAAAGCAGUAUGCUGUUUUUUAUGUUUGUGAGUGUUUUUAUAUUGUGCACAGAAUAAGACAAUAUUUCAGUCAGAUUUAAAACUAAAAGCCAUGGACACUUGUUCUGUAUGUACUACCGAAAUAUGUCUUUAUUGUUUUGUGUAUAGUGUCUUUAAUAUAUAUCACUUUGGGUGUAACUA